CGCGUUGAUAGGGACAACACUUGAUGGGGUUUCCUGGCCGGAACCUUCUCUGUUUAUUAUUUCAUAUCAUCAUACUUGAUCCGAAAGCAGAUACUGAAAUGCCUUUUCAUGUAUUCAGGUAGCAGAAAGGCGCCGUUUUGAGAUACGCUUCCUAAAGUCCUCCAGGACGCCCAGAUUCCUCGCCUGCAGACAAAGAACAUCAUCCCAACUAUGGCUUCUGUCGGCCAGUCGCCCGAGCUCCAGAGUGUGAUUGCUUUGGUCAAGACAUUGACCAAUGUACAACUUAAGGAUAUCCUGAGAAAUGAGAGGCUUGCGGUCUCUGGGGUGAAAGCUUCACUCCAACUCCGCAUAAUCGAUUAUAUUGAAAGACUUCAGCAAGCGGGUUAUCUUGAUCGCUACGAUAGUCUGAGAAAAUUCAUAUACACCACUGCCCAUCGUUCAUUACCUCCCUCACCAUCAGUAUCGCAACCAGCCCCUGGUCACCACUACCACUCGACUUCGAGCAGUCAAUCAGUACAAUCACAGCAUAGGCCGUCCCCAUUGGGAAUGUCGAUACCUUCUCAUGGGACCGCACCCGGACCCCUGAGCUUCAAAGAGAGCCCUUUCUACAACAUACUAAACCAACUUACCCCAACAGUAGAAUGUAAAGCACGUGAACAGACUAGAGACAGCGUUGAACUCAAGAUUAUUCUAAGCACUGAUGUGGCUUCUCGACUGCAGACAGAUCCUAAGCUAAGAAUAAUGGUAUUCUGCGCUGCAGAUACGGGUCUCAACCAAUUCACCAAGUCGGAUAUUGCUUUCCCUCAUCAAGUAGAGCUAAAAGCCAACCUGGACGAGGUGAAGGCUAACUUGAGAGGACUUAAAAACAAACCUGGCACGACAAGGCCCGCUGAUGUGACAACUUAUAUCCGGAAGAGAGCAGGUUACACUAAUCAUAUUGUGAUGACUUAUGCCCUCACCCAAAAGAGAUUCUUCGUUCUCGCUAAUCUUGUCGAGUGUACACCUGUUGAGGAGCUGGUGGAAAAGUUAAAGCAGAGAAAGACGAUCACGAAGGAACAAGUCAUACAAGAGAUGAAAAAUAAGGCAGAGGACUCUGAUAUUGUUGCUACGUCGAGUGUCAUGUCGUUGAAGUGCCCGCUAUCCACACUUCGAAUACAAGUUCCUUGCCGCUCCGUCUUGUGCACGCAUAAUCAGUGUUUUGAUGCAUCUUCAUUCCUUCAAUUGCAAGAACAAGCACCGACCUGGACUUGCCCAGUUUGCCUCAAGGCAACGAGUUAUGAAUCGCUGCAUAUUGACCAGUACGUCGAGGAUAUUCUUCGUUCAACAUCCACAGAUGUCGACCAGGUCAUUAUUGAACCGGACGGCCAAUGGUCGGGACCAAAAGAGGAAACCCCAGUUGGGCCCUCUGGCGCCACGCCUGCAACUGAUGAAGACGACGAAUUGAUUGAAAUAAGGGAACCUGGAAUUACUCCUGUAAAACAAGAAUCUUUACCAGCCUCAGAUGCACUGCACCAAACUCCGGCACGAUCACGGGAGACCUCAUCAGCAUGGUCCCACCAUACCACCAAUAAGCGGUCUGCUGCCCAGGUUAUCGAUCUCACUUUGAGUGAUGACAAUGAGGAUGAUUCUCCAGUAAGACCAGCGAAACGCCCUGCGAUAGAACUGCUUAAUCGGCCGGUACCGCAUCACGAUCUCGAAGCUCUUAUCUCGCCAUCUCCGUCACUCCCUACCGCCGUCAUGUCGUUCGAUGCGUCCGGUUCCCCCCUCAAUGCCUCCGAUCCGCGAACCCGCGUUCUAAGCGCGUCAUGUCUAGAUUUCCUCCUCAUCGAGCUGGUCCCCAUGGCGGAGCGAUUGACGAAGGAACUCGCUACACAGGAGAAGCUCCCAGAUGACGAGGAGGUCAAAGAGACGACCUUCUUCCGCCUCGAGUCUUUGGGCUAUCGGGUCGGACAAGGGCUUGCAGAAAGGUUCUCUCGAGAUCGACCACGAUUUACGGAUAAUCUUGACGUGAUCAAGUUCCUUUGCAAAGAUUUAUGGACUGUGCUAUUUAGAAAACAAGUGGAUAAUCUGAAAACUAACCAUCGGGGGGUCUAUGUUUUAACGGAUAACUCUUUUCGACCGUUUGCAAGAAUGAGUAUGUCUGUGAGAAGUGAAGCUGUCACUAUGGCGCAGGCGUAUCUAUGGUUCCCCUGCGGUGUCAUUCGUGGUGCUUUGUCUAGCCUGGGUAUCAACACUACUGUUCAGGCCGAGACUACCGAGCUUCCGGGCGCAACGUUCCAGAUCAAAACAAUCAACAAAUCUUAA